AUGAAGUCUCAUCUGGUUGCUGCGUUUGUUGGCUCCCUCGCGGGUCAAGCUUUCAGUUCUACCUUCAGCCCAGCACAUCCACCCGCGAUUCCACUUGCAGUUAAGAGCCCUUACAUGAGCACGUGGCUAGAGGUUGGCAACAAUGGUGGUAAUCUCGCUGGCGCUUGGCCACGCUUCUGGGCGGGUCCUCAACCUGGUUCUGUCUCGGGUUCAAAUGGAGCUGUGACGGGAUGGGCGGGAUUCAUCAAAAUCGAUGGAGUCGCGUACACAUGGCUGGGUGAUCCAUAUGUGAAUGGUGUGAGACCUACACUUGUCACUCAGGAUAGUUUCGAGUAUACUUCCCAGCGGUCUACCUUCAUCAUGAAUGUUGCAGGAAAGGUCACCAUGAAUGUCACCUUUCUUUCCCCUCUAACUCCGACCGAUAUCAAACGACAGUCUGUUAUUGGGUCAUACCUCUCUGUUGCAGUUGCUUCGCGUGAUGGUUCAUACCAUAAUGUGCAGCUCUACGCGGACACUUCAGCCGAAUGGGUAAAUCCAACGCACAAUGGGCAAGAUGUAUCUUGGAGUUAUUCCAAUGCUAGUGGAGUCGCGAGCCACAAGUCAUUCCAAUCAAUUCAAAGCGAGUUUAAUGCUGAUUAUCCAGAUGACGCAGCACAUUGGGGUAAUUGGUACUGGUCAACGGCUGCUUCACCCUCUUUGACGUACCAAUCGGGGCCUGACAUUACGGUUCGCCAAAACUUCUUGAGCAACGGCGUGCUUCCAGAUACUCAAGACACGAACUAUAGAGGCAUCAGUUCAAACUGGCCUGUGUUUGCAUUUGCGAACUAUCUAGGGAGUGUUGGUGCUACUCCUGUUACAACGGUUUACACGAUUGUCCACGCUCAGGAGAAUGCGAUCUAUUUCAACGGUGCUGCUGGGCUUGCGCCAGUCCCUUCGUUGUGGACUAGCUACUGGACAGCUGACCUGUCUAUGGUCGAGUUUUUCUACAAGGACUGGUCUUCCGUCACCGGCGCCAUCGACCACAAAAUAGCAGUCGAUUCUCUUGCUGCUGGGGGUCAAGAUUACCUCACCAUCACAUCUCUCUCCGCUCGCCAGGCUUUUGGCUCCGUUCAACUUUGUGGAACUAAAUCUAAGCCUUACUUGUUUUUGAAAGAAAUCAGCUCUGACGGUAACAUUCAAACGGUCGACGUAAUCUUCCCUGCUAUGCCUAUAUUUCUAUAUUCGAAUCCGAUUUUGGUGAAGUAUAUGCUGGAUCCGCUAUUCGAAAACCAGGAAGCCGGACGCUUCCCGCAGACGUACUCGCUGCACGAUCUUGGGGCGAACUAUCCGCGUGCUAUUGGGCAUCCCAGUGGAGAUGGAGGUGAGUCGGUUUUGGACAAACAGAUAUCAGCUGCUAACGAGCCAGAACCAAUGCCGCUAGAAGAGUGUGGAAACAUGCUUAUCAUGACCCUCGCCUAUGCGCAGCGUACAGGAGACACAGCCUAUCUGGCUCAGCAUUACAAUAUCCUGAAACAGUGGACUGGCUACCUCGUCGACGAAGCUUUGAUCCCCGCCUACCAGCUCUCAACCGAUGACUUCCAGGGCCAGCUUGCGAAUCAGACCAAUCUUGCGUUGAAAGGCAUCAUCGGUAUUGAAGCCAUGUCCGUCAUCGCCAACAAGACCGGAAAUAUGGCCGAUCAUGCUAUGUACACAAAUAUCGCACAUGAAUUCAUCACCAGGUGGCAGAAAAUGGCUGUAGUAACAGAUGCAAGACCGCCGCAUACAAAUCUUGCUUACCAGGACAACAACUCGCACGGUCUCUUAUACAAUCUCUACGCCGAAAAGCUCCUGGGCUUGAAUCUUGUCCCCAAAGAUAUCUACGACAUGCAGUCCGCAUUCUACCCCACGGUAGCCGAAGCAUACGGCGUCCCAUUAGAUACCCGUAACGUCGGUACAAAAUCGGAUUGGGAAAUGUGGGUGGCAGCCAUAAGUAGCCCGACGACGAAGGCCAUGUUCAUUUCCAAACUCGCCGCCUGGAUAAACACCACGCCGACAAACAGAGCCUUCACCGACCUCUACAACACGCAGAAUGCAGACUUCUGGUCCGGCCCGUUUAUCGCGAGACCUGUCGCCGGAGGUCAUUUCGCGCUUUUGGCUUUGGACGGUGCGCCAACGGCAGCUUCCAACAAAAAGAGACGGGCAAUAUCAAAAAGAUUCAGGUAA